GCGGCUGUAGCUGCUGCGGCCGCAUCGGCCGCAUUGGCCCCACACAAACGCCAUCGCAGCAACAGCCGUACCGAUGACGCCGACGGUGACCAUCCGAUGGACCAUGGUGUGGACAAUGAUGGCGAGGAGGAGAAAAGUUCGGGUGAAGAUGAGGCCAUGGCUGGGAACGUCAGCAGCUCAUCAUCGGAGGAGGGAUCUGACUGGGAGGACAUAGCGAGGGGCAAGAAGGGCGCCGCCGCCAAGAAGAAACAGCGGCUGGAUGCCAGCGGCAGGGCGGCAGGUGUGGCGGUGGCCAAGAGGCGUGCGGCUAAGGCGAAGGGUAGGGGGAGGGGUAUGGCCAAAGCCGAGGCGGCGGCUACUGUGGGGGAAGAUCAGCGUGAGGAGGGGGAGAAUGCCGAGGGCGCAGAUGGUGACGUAGAUAUGGAGGUCAGGAAUAAUACAAAUCUCGGUUUUGGUGGCCCAUUUGUUCUGUAUUGUUUCUGUGUUGGUGCAGGAUGUUGCUGAGAAGGGUCCGGAGGAUGCAUUGGCGGCACUCGACACGAUGGGCUAGGAGCUACAGGCACUCAUGGAAACACUCAACGAGACCAAAGCAAAGGUAAGGAAAGGACGAUAAGAUAGCACAUGCCAUUGCCACCAUCCAUUUGUCAUGCCGCAAUGAUCUAUUCUCCAGGCCCGUCAGGUGUUUGAGGCCAAGAAUGCCCUCCCGCCCCCCAACACAGACGUAGAACACAACCGACUGCAGGUACGCACCGCCAACACACACACACACACACGCACACAUGACCAAAACACACAGAUAGAUGGGCGCUGCGUGUUGUGUGUGGAUGUGUUGUGGGUACAUUCAGGUUGUCGAGCGUCAGUGUCGUGUGUGGACGAGUAUGGUGCUGCGCAACACCAAGAUGCAGGUCGACAACGCCAAGGGGACGGCCACGGCGCAGCUCAACCAGACCGUCGAGAAGCUCGAGAUCAUCGGAGACGGCAUCAACAAAACAAAAUCAACCAACUUGAGCAGGUAAGAUACACACGGAUAUACACGGUGGAAUGCAGACAAAGAACAUCGUGAUGUGUUCAUGGGCGUUGUCACGUUCUGCAGGGUGAGUUUGCGUGUCUGGAUGGGCUGCCCGAGGCCCUGUGGCUCAGUGAUGACGACCGCAUCGCUACGGAACCACACACCGUAUCAGACAGGCAUGCUCACACACCCUACACAUGAAGCCUCUCAUCGAUGCUGUUCAUUCGCCUCUCUCUGUUUGCAGGGCUGGGCGGCUACCUGGGGUUCGUGUCGUGCAUGGCCUCCCUCUCAUGUGUGAGCAUGCACUUCAGCGCCCUCACGUCAAACAGCGCCAUGCACCCCAUCGUAGAGCUCAGCAUACCGCCUCCUGACGACAGCAUCGACUUACUCCAAGGUGAGACCAGCAAGGGACAGAGAACAAUGCCCCUCCACGUCUUCGCCUCUCCUGUCGGCCCCUUUCAGUGCGGCUGUCUGCGUGUCGCGAGCUGCGUGUGCGCCACAGGCCGUGUGCGGCGAUGGUGCGUCUGCUGGAGGCCCUCUCACCCACCAUCGUGACACUAACGCUGCAGGGGUCGGCGCCCAGCCAGCAGGAGAUCAACCGUACGGACGCCAAGAGGGGUCGGCACCAGAGGGGCAAGAUGGCGCAGCGGAAGCUGGUCAAGGCCAUGAGGAAGGGCAAGGCCGCCAAGGUCGAGCUGCCAUCCAACACGGCCCCAGUGGUGUUCCCACGCCUCCGAACGGCCACCAUCUACAACGCAUGGGGCCGCAUAGCUGACGAUCGCAACUACAAGCUGCCGGUGGGCAUACCUGCCACCCAUCUGGCCGUCUCUAUCAGUCAGUCUCGCUCUGCAUAUGUGUUCAGGCGUUGAAGGACUUGAUUGCGGCGAGUCUCGGCCAGCUUGGACCUCUAUCGUUCAUUCGCCGGGCGUCGGCUGGGCUCUCAUCGCUCCACAUCACACAUGACAAGGUGCGACAAAGAGACCGACAGACGAACCCUACGGAGGGAUGGGAUGCAUCCAGUCGUUGCUCGCACGUCGUGUCCAUUAGGAUGUUGUUGCCCACGCUGAGGAGAACGUGACCCUGCAUGACGUUUCAAACGCUCUCAGAUGCACGCCCGCAGGUGUGCAUUUGACGACACGCGCACGGAGCCAUCUUACAUUAGGUGAACUCAUUCACCCCGCUCCCCUCUCUCUCAUUCAUUUCAGCUGAGACGCUGGUUUCCCUCACCGGACGCGUUCACCUUGAGGUGCGGCGUCAUCAGCCCCCUCUCCUCCACCCUCAACCCCCACCUCUCAGCUCGACCAUCCACGGAUUCGUCAACGUGAUGAGCGCCAGCCGCCUGCAGAACAUCCAGCUGGGUGUGGGCCCUGGGGAGAUCCAGUCGGCAACUGACAUACAGGUACAUGAGUGCACGAGCCAACGCCGGUUGCCAUCCGCUGAUCUCACUCACUCUCAUACACCGACUGCCCGCCGAUCAUCUGAUGCAUUCAUUAUAGAGCAUCCACUGCAUCCGCACUUCCUGCCUCGCCCCCAACGCCACCGAGGACUACUACCGAGUGCCGACCCACAGCGAGCGCCGUCAAGGCAUCCGCGGCCCCCUCCCAGAGAAGCCCCACAUCCGCCUCCCCAUCACAGGCACCGCUGCUGAGCUGGGUGGAGCCGUUCCGACCUUCCAGCUGUUCUGCGCACAGACCGGGGAGGCCACUCUCGAGGCCCAUGCGAGGCAGGGUGCGGUGAGGGAGGCCCCCGGCCUGGACGACCUCGUCUGCGGCAAGGCCAAGAAGCUGACAAUCAGGCCAUCAGGCGCUUCGCACCCGCUCCCCCCCUACGUCAUCGGCAAUCCCGCCUCCCUCUUCCCGGCCGUCGAGUCAGUCGAGGUCAGGCAGGGGACUCAGGGCAUGGCCUUCUACGAUGGGGGCGUGGGGGCUGUCUUGGGGGACCUGCCCUCACUCGAGAGUGUCACCUUCAAAAGGGACAUUAGGUCGGUUGCUGUAGAGGGGGGUGCCGGAGAGGGUAUUGCCAAUGGGCCGCUGACGAUCUGUCGCCGUGCCACUGUCUGUCUGGUGCCUGCUGCCGUCGGUUUUCUGUCGGCUGAAGCCGCAACGGCUCUCACAGUGGCCCUCGGGUUCGAUGUGGGUCUUGCCUACUACCGUUAUCACGAUCCGGCACAUGAGAGGUGGGAGAUCAAGUGGGACGUGUAUGAGCAGGCAGGGAAGGGGAAGGAGCCCAUGGGGCGGGUCAGUCGGAUAGAGAUCAGCCUGAGUGCACCACUGUAUGGGGGGCCGGAUCAUGAGUAUGGUAUGACAGAGGAGGAAGGCAAGGCUAUGUGUCGGUCGCUGGCCGACGCAGUGGCGGAGGCCUUCUCUCUCUUCCCCUGUCUGCGGUCUGUCUCUCUGUCUGGCAGCAGGCCCCGAUUCCCCUUAGUGCCUGAGAUCAGAGAGGCGGCUCAGGGGAGGUUUGUUGUCGUGUCUGGCAAGAAAUCUGCCGUUGAGAUGCGGCCCACGCGCACUAGCAGCAGCAAGGGAGGAGGGGUCAAGGGUAAGAGGGACAAGGCCACGGCCAAGGCAGGCUAGAUCAUCCACACAACAACACAUGAUGUCAUACACACUGCUCCUUCGUUGAUUCAGUAAGUGGGCGGGUGUGAGGCUACAGGGGAGGAAGGGGCAGCUCUGCAUACGUGCAGUGGAAUUGCUGGCUGACAUGUGCGGCAGUGGAUGGAUGGAUGGAUGUGAGGUGGCUGUGGUGUUUGUGUCCCUGUGGAAGUGCCAAGCACAACAGAGACACAAUCACGGCAACCAACUGCCUCCGUCCACACGUGUCUGUGUGCACUGGUAAGGGCGGGACACACCUUGGUUGAUUGAUCAGCUUUGAUGUACCAACAAGCCAGGGUCGGUGGAUUCAUUGAAGCUUCAAG